AUGGCCGCAGUACACCAGUUCACGCUUCGCCCUGUCAACAUGCGCGACGCAACCUCUGCUACUCGCCGUCCGUCUCGCUACGGCCCGCCUCCCAGCCCAUCGCCGUCAUCAUCCUCAUCGGGCUCAUCGUACGGCGGUGCUCACUGUGGUCCUACUAAUGGACACAAUGUCCACGUUCCGGAUGUAAAUCUACCGCAGGGCCAGCCUGGUACCCCUAUGAACGUAGCGCCUAGAGCAUACCCUCCACCGCCGACUGGUCACGAUCUCAUGCGGAUGUUCCCGCCGCCACCGCCGAGCCAGUUCUCUGAGCUCAAGGGCGGACCAACCAGCUAUUAUUUCCAGCGCCAGGAGCGUGCUUUCUUUGCUCAGGCUGGCCGUGAACAGAUUCGCAUCCGCCUCGAUGCCGAAUUCGCGCCGCGUCCGUCGCCUCCGACGACCGACAUGCCUGCGCUUACGAGCAUGUUCUCGCGCAACUGGGCGCCUCCACAAGCGUCAGUCCACCCUCACCCAUCCCAUGUGCGCCAGGUUGUGCCGCUCGUACCCGUCCGCAUCCGCUGA